AUGCCAUGGCAAGAAACAAUCCCAGACCCGAUAAUCCAGCAGAUCAAGGAUGCCGUCCACAAAUAUGGCGUGCUCAUUUUUCGCGGCGCCAACCUCGAUAACGACGAGCACAUACGGUUCUCUAGACACUUCGGCGAGCUGGACGAUGUCAAGGCCUUCAUGAAGGCUGGCCGAAGAAUGCGAUUCCCCGAGCAGCCAGAAAUAUUUGAUCUCUCGAACCUGGAUGAGAAUGACGACCUAAUGAGCAACCCGGACUCGAUGCGGGUGGCGGCGUACAAGGGCAACUUCCUGUGGCACGCAGACAUGGCGUACAACCCCCGGAGGUGCUCUUACGCCAUACUACGCGCGCUAGAGCUGCCCCCACCGGGAACUGGCGGAGAGACAGAGUUUCUGGACACUCGCAAGGCUUUCGAAGAUCUGCCGCCGGAGAAGCAGGCCGAGCUCGAAAAGCUGGUGGUGAACAACUCGUUCUACCACCAGCGGAGACUGGCGGCGCCCGAGCAUUACGCCGAUCUUAACCCACUUGCGUCACCUAUGUCGCGGUACCGGCUCGUGCCACUCCACGAACAGUCUGGACGGAAGAAUCUAUUCAUCACCACAUGGGUGCAUCACUUUGACGGCAAGACCAAGGAGGAAAGCCUUCCCUUGGUCGACGAGCUGCUGGACUGGGUAUCCAAGCCGGAGUACAAGCUCACGGUCCAGUGGCACAACAACGGCGACCUGCUCAUGUGGGAUAAUAGGGCAGUCAUCCACCGUGCGACGGGUGGCGGGUCGUAUACCUACAAGUACAGGCGUGACGUGCGGAGGACUACGAUCAAAGAUGCCGGCGCGUCUGCGUAUGGCGAGAACGGAUUUGGGGCCUGUUGGCAGAGGGAGGAAAGCUUCGCCUCCGGGCUUUCGGUGAAGAAUUCGCAGCCCCUCCAGGCUCAGCCGGCUUCUCAGCGGUGA